GAAAAUACCAAGAAAAACCGAGGAUAAUUUCAAGGGCAUGUCGAAAAGAAUUUCUAGAUAGCUUUAAGGAGUAUUUGCAAGUGAAUUCUUGGAUGAAUUUAGAAGAUAACUCCAAGUUAAUUCUGAGCCAAGAUAAUUUCAAGACAGUUCUGAAGUAAAUUGCAAGGGAAUUCUAAGGAGAAUUUAAACGAAUUAAAAAAAAAUAUGGAAGGAUGCUUCAGUUAAUUCUUAGAAAAAGUUUAAAUUCCGAUUAGAACCUAAGGACGAAUUUCAAUAUUUUUUGGAGUGUUAUGCAGUGAAUUUCUGGACUGUUAAAAAUACAUUUUCAAGGUACUCUCAGGGGGAAUCUCAAAUUUAUUUUAGAAGACUCUGUGGAGGGAAAUUAUUUCAAUGGAAAUGCUUGACAACAGCUAAAUAAAAUCCUGUUAAGUAUUGAGUAAAUUCUGAAGACUUCGUACGCAGAACCAAAUUCAAGAUCUAGGAAAAUGUAUACUGUCUUAGUAAUUACUCAUUUAACCUAGUUAUCUCUUCGGCUCAACCGCAUUUGGUUGUAUGCUUAAGCGGGAACAUUUCCAAUAAAUCGGGAAAUUGCUUAUCACGAUUUGCUGGUCGCCAUGAAAAUGCAAUUAUAAUUAAUCAUAUUGUCGAGCAGUUUUGGGACGCUCUUCUACCAGUGAUUUCAAGAAAGUGAAACAAUAAACUCCAGAUUAUUAAAGCUCAUUAUAAUUAACGAAAUUCUAGAAGAAAAUAAAUAUCAAAAUAUUGUUCCACGGCAAAGUUCGAGUGGUAGUAAACGUCACUGUAAACUGCUCGAAUGAUAAUUGAAUCUUAUAUUACUGGGAAAGCUUUGGCAAGUUCACGGGCAUUCUAAUAAAUCUGCAAAUUCACUGUCAAAUCUUAUGUGCUGCUGCAAAAUCCAUAUCAAUCGUUUACAUAAUUUAAUGUAAUAAUUGAUGUAGGUAGGAUGUUAUUAAAAAAAAUCGACCAGUAUGCAACAGGUGUCGAAUUGUUCUCACUAAUAUAAAAUAAAUGUUUAAUUAAAAAAUACGCUUAAUUACUAAAAACAAGCUGCACAAUUAUCCAUGAAAAAUAACCACAAAUAACCAACAAAAUGGCAUGAUUCCUGCUUCGAAAAUCUAAAACAAAACAAAACUCAUCCCAUUUGAUGAGUGGCCCACCUCAUCAUUAAUUGGCUGACCUGCGAUGCUGUGUUGUGCACACUUCGGAAUGAGAUUUUCUACGUUACUGGGCACGCUUGCCGUACUGGCUGCGUGUGCUGCUGCGCAGGACAAGAAGGAACAAGAUUACGGUACCGUUAUCGGUAUCGAUUUGGGAACGACCUACUCAUGCGUGGGCGUCUACAAGAAUGGCCGCGUGGAGAUCAUCGCUAACGACCAGGGCAAUCGAAUAACGCCUUCCUAUGUGGCUUUCACGUCGGAUGGCGAACGGUUGAUCGGCGAUGCUGCCAAGAAUCAGUUGACUACCAAUCCGGAAAAUACGAUUUUCGACGCCAAGCGCUUGAUCGGUCGGGAAUUUAAUGAACAAACUGUGCAGCAGGAUGUAAAGCUAUUUCCGUUCAAGGUGAUAAGCAAGAACUCCAAGCCGAACAUCAAGGUCUCUACGAGUCAGGGAGAGAAGACGUUUACUCCGGAGGAAAUUUCCGCCAUGGUUCUGGGUAAGAUGAAGGAAACGGCGGAAGAAUACCUUGGCACAAAGGUGACCCAUGCGGUAGUGACCGUUCCGGCGUACUUCAACGAUGCUCAGCGUCAGGCUACGAAGGACGCGGGCACCAUUGCUGGUUUGAACGUGAUGCGUAUCAUCAAUGAACCGACUGCUGCUGCAAUUGCCUACGGCUUGGACAAAAAGGAAGGCGAGAAGAAUAUCUUGGUGUUCGACCUGGGUGGUGGUACGUUCGAUGUAUCUCUACUGACCAUUGACAAUGGGGUCUUCGAGGUCGUUGCCACCAACGGAGAUACCCAUUUGGGAGGCGAAGACUUUGACCAGCGCGUGAUGGAUCACUUCAUUAAGGUCUACAUGAAGAAGCAAGGAAAGGAUAUUCGGCAGGACGUUCGGGCCGUUCAGAAGCUGCGUAGAGAGGUGGAGAAGGCUAAACGGGCAUUGUCUUCGAACCACCAGGUACGAAUUGAGAUUGAGUCGUUCUUCCAAGGAGAGGACUUCAGCGAAACUUUGACUCGGGCUAAAUUCGAGGAGUUGAACAUGGAUCUGUUCAGAGCUACUAUGAAACCGGUGCAGAAGGUUCUGGAGGAUGCCGAUAUGAACAAGAAGGAUGUUGAUGAAAUCGUCCUAGUCGGAGGAUCCACUCGUAUCCCGAAGGUUCAGCAGCUGGUCAAGGAGUUCUUCAACGGAAAGGAACCAUCCCGUGGCAUCAAUCCUGACGAAGCCGUUGCUUAUGGGGCAGCUGUUCAAGCUGGAGUGCUCUCAGGUGCCCCCGCUACCGAUGGUCUUCUGCUGCUGGAUGUCAAUCCACUGACUCUAGGUAUUGAAACCGUGGGAGGAGUCAUGACGAAGCUUAUCCCACGAAAUAGUGUUAUUCCAACGAAGAAAUCGCAAAUUUUUUCCACCGCUUCCGAUAACCAGCACACCGUCACCAUCCAAGUCUUCGAAGGCGAGCGUCCGAUGACCAAGGAUAAUCACCUGCUCGGAAAGUUCGAUCUGAGCGGGAUCCCUCCGGCGCCGCGUGGAAUGCCCCAGAUUGAGGUUUCCUUCGAAAUCGAUGCGAAUGGAAUUCUGCAAGUGUCUGCCGAAGACAAGGGCACAGGCAAUCGUGAAAAGAUCGUCAUUACCAACGAUCAGAACCGGCUGACUCCGGACGAUAUCGAUCGCAUGAUUCACGAUGCCGAGCGGUUUGCCGAAGACGACAAGAAACAGAAGGAACGGGUCGAUGCAGUUCAUGAACUGGAAAGCUACGCGUACAGUUUAAAGAGUCAAAUCAAUGACAAGGACAAACUGGGAUCGAAGAUCUCCGACGACGAGAAGGCCAAGAUGGAGGAAGCUCUGGACGAGAAGAUCAAGUGGCUGGAAGCAAAUCAGAAUGCCGAUACGGAGGAGCUCAAGAAACAGAAACAGGAACUGGAAGAUGUCGUUCAACCGAUCAUCGCUAAGCUGUACGCAGGCAGCGAUGGUUCUGCUGCACCUGAUGCCGAAAACGACGCCGAAGAUGAAAAUCCAUUCAACGAUGAGUUGUAGGCGGUGUUGCUGUAGUGAUAUAGCGCGUUUCAUAUUUAUAGGGAGUUUUGUUGCUGUUAAGUGUUAUUUGUGAAUGCGAGAGGAACCUGGAUGUUAAGGAUAAGGAAACUC